GUUAAAUUAUGUAAAAUCUGUUAUGGUUUGUUUCUAGAAUACUAAUUUUCGUGUGUGUUUCUGGAGUGCCAAUUUCGAGUCGGUGCUUUUGGUAGGAAUGGUAAUUAAAAUUAUGAGCGCCUGUCUAGGUAUAGGGCAAUGAAAUCGUACACCGGUUGACGAUGGAUCGUCGUCGUUCCAUUCGAAGAUCCGGCAGGCGUUACAGAAGACCGUGGUUGAAGAAAUGCAAAGAAUAUGUCCGGAACUUUGUCGCCUUCAUGUUCAGCAAUGUCGGAAUCAUCGGUCUUGUGGUUGGGUACACCAUUGCUGGUUCGUUCAUAUUCAUGGCUAUCGAGCGAGGUCAUAUAAUUCAGGUCAAGGUCGACGCGAAAAAUAACCGGAAGUUGUUCGCCAGCCGAUUGUGGAACUUGACCAUGGAACUGAACUACAAUGCGAAGCUGAGCGAUUUUGAGGACUACAAGGGCCCGGUUAUGGAAGAGCUUGCGAAGUUGCAAUUGUUAUUAGUGAACUUGACGACAAAGGGUUACGACGGUACCGAAGACGAAGACGGCACGAGACAGUGGAGUUUCGCAGGCGCGUUUUUGUACUCUUUGACAGUUAUAACGACUAUAGGUUACGGCAACAUAUGGCCACACACGCCUCAAGGGAAAAUUACUUCAAUAGUCUACGCGAUCAUCGGGAUGCCACUGUUUCUUCUCUAUCUAUCGAACAUCGGCGACGUGAUGGCGAGAUCUUUCAAAUGGAUCUACGCCAACCUUUGUUUGUGCCGGUGGUGUCCGGGGGUUGCCAAAAGGCGAGCCGAAAGAAGAAUGAGGAGGGCUCAACAGAUGAGCGAGGAUUACGACAGCGAGGCGGACAGCUCGAGCACAAAGUCGUCUGCGGAAAAUUUGCAACUCGAAGGUAUGGAGCCCAGGGGAUCGGUGGUCAGCGAAGGUUUUACCGUGUACACGGAAGAGUCGUAUGACGUGCAGACCGUCACCGUACCAGUCACCAUUUGCAUAAUGAUCGUAGUUGGGUACAUUUGCGGCGGCGCCAUUUUGUUCUGCAAAUGGGAAUCUUGGUCAUUCCUCGACGCGUCGUAUUUCUGUUUCAUAUCGUUAAGCACGAUAGGAUUCGGAGACCUGGUGCCAGGAGACAAAAUUUACGGACAGCAGAGCAACAUUCUCGAGCUGAGCUUCGUAUUUUGCUCGAUGUAUCUUAUGCUGGGCAUGGCGCUGAUCGCGAUGUGUUUCAGUUUAAUGCAAGAGGAGGUGAUCCAUAAAAUUAGGGCCACAAUUAGACGAAUCAAGUACGUUUUUCGGUGCAGAUGACCCCGAGCCGUCACGUAAAAGUAACGAAUCGCCGGCCCCCCCAGAAAAUGACGAAUUGUCCGACCCGCCACUUUCCCGCCUCACCCCCGGACGCGAACAGGAGGAACAAACAAGGAGGAAAAAAUUAAGACUGAAAAAUCGUGUUUCGUUUUGGUUUACCCUUUCGGGGCUUUUAUGUACUGGAUAUUACGAUUCGCCGUGACGCUGGGCGGUGCAAAAAGCAACCCCGACGGCACAAUGGCGCACGACAGGAAAACGCCACAAUGGAUUCAAUAAAAUUCAUGACGCUGUAGUUUUGGAAAAAUAAACGCUCGCCCUUCGCG